AUGGAAAGAGGUUGGCUCCAUCAGGAGAGAUUCCUCCUCGGCCUCAUCCUCUACCUGCUGCUUCAAGGAAGAGGAGACUCUUUCACCAUCAAUUGCUCAGGCUUUGACCAGCAUGGGGUGGACCCUGCUGCCUUCCAAGCAGCGUUUGACAGAAAGGCCUUCCGUCCAGUGGUCAACUACAGCAUCCCCAUACAGGUCAACAUCUCCUUCACCCUGUCUGCCAUCCUGGAACUGAAUGAACAGCUUCAACUGAUGACAUCAUUCCUGUGGCUAAAUAUGAUCUGGUACAAUCAGUUCAUCAGGUGGAACCCAGCAGAAUGUGGGGGCAUCAGGACGCUCAGCAUCGUAGCUGAGAAUCUGUGGAUUCCAGAUAUUUUCAUCCAGGAGUUCAUGGAUGUAGAUCAGACACCCACAGGUCUCAUGGCUUAUGUCAACAGUGACGGGCGCGUCAAAUACGAUAAGCCAAUGCAGGUGGUCAGCAUCUGUAAUCUGGACAUCUUCUAUUUCCCCUUUGAUGAACAGAAUUGCACACUCUCCUUCAGCUCUUUCAUCUACACAGUGGAGAACAUGGUCCUGGGCAUGGAGAAGGAAGUGUGGGAAAUUUUGAACACCUCACAGAACCUCAUUCAGAGCAAGGGGGAGUGGGUGCUUUUGGGCAUCCACCAGAGAGCACUGAAGAUGACUCUGGACACCGGCCAGUACGACCAAAUCAUUUUCUAUGUGGCCAUCAGGCGCAAGCCCACCCUCUACGUCAUAAACCUUCUGGUGCCCAGUAGCUUUCUGAUUGCCAUCGACGCCCUCAGCUUCUACCUGCCGGCAGAAAGCCAGACUCGUGCCCCAUUCAAGAUGACACUUCUGCUGGGCUACAACGUCUUCCUGCUCAUGAUGAAUGACAUACUCCCAGACAGUGGCACCCCCCUCAUCAGUAUAUACUUUGCCCUGUGCCUGUCGAUGAUGGUGCUCAGCCUGCUGGAAACCAUCUUCAUCUCCUACUUGCUGCACCUGGCCACCACCCAGCCCCCACCCAUGCCCCGAUGGCUCCAUUCCCUGCUUCUACAUGGCACCAGAGCAACAAGAUGCUGCCCCACUGUGCCCCAGAAGGGAACUAAGGGCCUGGACCUCACCCCUGCCCACCUGCCUGGUCUGAAGGAGCCCGUGGAGCUGGUAGGGACGGUGCCAGAUCCCCGAGAGGCAGACUUACGUGGGUGCCCUGGGUCAACAGUGGCCCGGCAGGAAGACGAGGCCCAGAAGCUGCAGUUGGUGGGCCUGUGGGUGCAGUUCAGCCACAUGAUGGACACCCUGCUCUUCCGUCUCUACCUGCUGUUCAUGGCCACGUUUGUCAUCACGGUCAUUGUCCUCUGGAACACAUAGGGAGUCAUGCACAUCUUCAUGCUCCAGCCUAGAGCUUCUCUUGGCUCUGGAAACUAGCCAGGCUCUCAUGCUCAUCCAAAUUCCAGUCUCACAGCCCUGCCAACCACCUAGUUUUCAACCCAGUCCUUCUGUGCAGUCAGACCAGACCUGGAUGGUUUCCUA